AUCAACUAUAAUAACUUUGGUACUCUCAAGUCCACAGAGUGUCUGCAGAAUAACAAUAUAUAUGGUUAGGCCAUGGUCCCAGUUUGGUCACUAGCGCCAAUGAGUCAAUGAUGCCAUUACUUCAAGUUGCUGUCCAACGUCCAGCCAUACCUUCCUUGACCAUGGACUAAACUUUGUUUAUACUAAGCAAGUGUAUAGUCUUCAUGUAGCCAAUUAUAAACACCACAAGGAGCAGAACAAUAUGCAGGCAUCAGGUUCUCAAACCUACACCGUAGAAGGCAAAGAUAAGGCAAAACCUUUUUUCUUCAAAUGGGCUGCUACAUAUCAAUGGGAUGCUUGUUUCUGGCCCUGUGCGUGCUACACUCUAUGUUUCAGAGUUCUUCAGGCUGCUUUGUGGAUGAGAGGGUGGCCCUCAUGGAUAUUAGCUCCUGGUUCAUGAGCUCAAAGUCCGAGGUUCCCAGCUCGUGGGGGCAUGGUGAUGACUGCUGCUUGUGGGAAGGAAUCACAUGCGACAAUAGCACACGGCGAAUAUUGCGCCUCGACCUUUCAUUUAUGUACCAGUCAAUCCGUACUGAUGGAAGUGAUGGUUCUGUAUCAAUCCAAGCUAUGGAAGUUCCAUGCUGGAACCUAAACUUGACGAUCUUUUCUUCAUUUCGGGAGCUUCAGCUACUGGACUUCUCUGGAAAUUACGCUUGCUUUGAAGAUUUUAGUGGUCUUCAAGGAUUGAGUAAGCUCAAGUAUCUCAACCUCAGCGACAACACUUUCAAAGGGAGUAUCCCAGGAUCUGUCAGCAGACUGGUUUCUUUGGAGGUCAUAAAUCUCAGCAGAAAUAACAUAAGUGGGACUCUUCAGAAUAUAGGUUUAAAAAAUCUCCAGAACCUGCGAGAAUUGCAUUUAGGAUCCAAUCAAUUGAGUGGUAGCCUCCCAGCAUCCUUAUUUUUACUUCCAUGCCUUGAGUACCUGGAUCUUUCUGAAAAUCUUUUUCAAGGACAGAUACCCAUAAAAUCGUCUUGGAAGUGUUCCUCGAUGCUUCAAACUAUCAGGUUAUCUGAAAACAUGCUAAGCGGUAUAUUUGAUUUCUUUUGGCUGAGAAACUGUACCAAGCUCAAAGAGAUAGAUCUGUCGAGAAAUACUGAUUUGGUUGUUGAAGUCAAACUUCAUGGUUGGGUACCUAAUUUUGAAUUAAAAAGAUUAAUUCUCUCUUGGUGUAACCUUGAUAAGAGCAUAAUUACGGAGCCACAUUUCUUACGCACACAACAUCAUCUACAGUUUCUUGAUUUGUCCAACAAUAAUUUGCCAGGAAGCAUGCCCAACUGGCUGUUCACAACUGAAGCGGCAUUUGUAGACCUUGACCUAUCAAAUAACUCACUGGUUGGAUCAUUAGAUCCGAUUUUGCAACACCAAACUAAUCUUCAACGGGUGAACUUAUCUCUGAACCAUAUUGAAGGACAGCUGCCAGCGAAUAUCAGUUCAAUGUUUCCUAAUCUGGCGAUUAUUGAUUUUUCUCAUAAUAUGAUAUCUGGAGUUGUGCCGUCUUCAUUGUGCAACAUUGGAAGCAUAGAAUAUAUGGAACUAUCAAAUAACAGAUUUUCAGGAGAAGUACCAUCUUGCUUGUUCACUGAUUGUUCUAAAUUGACAGCACUGAAACUCUCGAACAACAGCCUUGGCGGUAUGAUCCUUGGCGGGGCUAGUAACUUGUCCUCUGUAAGGGAAAUAUACCUAGGCAGCAACAAAUUUGAAGGGACUCUCCCUAGAAAUCUAUCUGGUGAUGUAGUCAUCAUGGAUUUACAUGAUAAUAAGAUGUCUGGAGAACUCGACACUUCAUUAUGGAAUAUUCCUUCACUGAAAGCUUUGAGCCUUGCUAGUAAUGGUUUAACUGGUGAGAUUCAUCCAGGAAUUUGCACAUUGAGAAGUCUUCUGAUGUUAGAUAUGUCAGAUAACUACUUUAAAGGGCGUAUUCCAAACUGCAGCAUUACGUUACCUCUUCGGUUUCUAAGUGUAUCUGGGAAUUCUCUGUGGGGCACCCCGAAUGCCAUUUUCAACAGUUCUCUUGUUGUUUUGGAUCUCAGUCAUAAUAGGUUCACAGGCAAUCUUGAGUGGGCACAAUAUCUUCCUCAAAUCAGUGUACUUUUGUUAAGAAGGAAUAAGUUUGAGGGCCAGAUCUCUUCAAAGCUAUGUCAUCUCCAAUUCUUGAGUAUAAUUGACAUCUCACACAACAUACUUUCAGGCUCCAUACCACCAUGUAUUGGUGGCAUGACAUUGAAAUACCCUGAUACUUACUUAUUUGGGUGGCCCACAGCUGGUGCAAGGGAGUAUUAUGGUCCGCAAUUCUCGUAUAACAUACUCUAUGAGCUCCAAGGCUUCACUUUCACAACAAAAGGCAAUCCAUACACAUAUGGAAGCAACUUCUUCAUGUCGAUGUCUGGCAUUGACCUGUCUGCAAACAUGCUGUCAGGUGAGAUUCCACAGGUAAUAGGAAACUUGAGCCAUAUUAAGUCUCUCAAUUUGUCGAACAAUUUCUUUACUGGAUCCAUUCCUGCAACCUUCGCAAACUUGAGCGAGAUCGAAAGCUUAGACCUAUCAGAAAACAGGCUAAAUGGAUCUAUACCAUGGCAGUUAACCCGGCUAUCAUCAUUAGGGGUGUUCUCUGUGGCAUUCAACAACCUAUCGGGAUGUCUACUAGACUCUGGUCAGUUUGGCUCAUUUGGUAUGGACAGUUACAAAGGGAACGACAAUCUUCGAUCAUGCACUUCCAGUUCAGGCCCCGUGGUACGGAAUGGUACAGUAGGGAAUGUGGCUGAUGAUUCUGAUCCAAUCCUGUAUGUGGUCACUGCCGUUUCGUUCGUCUUGGCAUUUUGGGCCACUGUCACAUUCGUGUUCUGCCAUUCGUUUGGGAAGCGUAUCAUUCUCAACCUGUAAUAGGUACUGGUGUGUAAAGUAUGUGUGUAUUUGUAAACUGUGCUGCUAUAUUCUGUUUCU